AAAGCCAGCAGAGGGUCGUUCUCGAAAGCCCCUCACCCAGUUUGCGGGCGCAGCUCUUUUCCCAUCUGUCCCCAGUUCCCUCGCUCCUCCUCUGCCCCACACCGACCACCACCACCCCCACCUCCGCCGACCGCCAUGCCGCUGCCGGCGAUGACCCACUCCUCCGCCUUCCUCCUCCCCGCCUCGACUCCCCCGUCCAACGACGCCGCCACGACGACCUACGCGCUCGUCGUCCUCAACCAGCGCCUCCCCCGCUUCGCGCCGCUCAUCUGGGCCCGCGCGCGCGUGCGCGUGUGCGCGGACGGGGGCGCCAACCGCGUCUUCGACGGCAUGCCGGAGCUGCUGCCGGGCGAGGACCCCGCCGAGGUUCGCUCCAGGUACAAGCCAGAUGUAAUUAAAGGGGAUAUGGAUUCAAUAAGGCCAGAAGUGAAGGAAUAUUAUUCCAAUUCGGGCACAAACAUAGUUGAUGAAUCACAUGAUCAGGACACAACUGACUUGCACAAAUGUGUAUCAUUUAUCACAAGAGAUCUCCCUGUCUCAGACAAGUCUAACCUGUGUAUUCUUGUUCUUGGUGCACUUGGAGGAAGGUUUGAUCAUGAGAUGGGGAACAUCAAUGUAUUAUACCGCUUCUCAAACACCAAGAUCGUCCUCCUGUCAGAUGACUGUUCAAUCUUUCUGCUCCCCAAGACGUAUACCCAUGAGAUCCAUAUUGAGAAAUCGGUCGAAGGUCCUCACUGUGGUUUGAUUCCCAUUGGCGGACCGUCCACUAGCACCACAACAACCGGGCUUCGGUGGAAUUUGGUGGGCAAAGAAGUUGAUGGUAUUGAAGACUCUGUUAUUUUCCGUUCACUUCAAGCAUUGGCUGUUCCUCUUAUUGGCAACGCCUGCUAUGUUUUUAUGCAUGGCCUUAACUCUGUCCAGAUUUAUGGUGCCGAGAAGCUUCAUCAGGCAUUACAAGAGAGACCUAAAGGCAAGCCUCUUCUAACGGUCAGCAAUCAUGUGGCAGCAAUGGAUGACCCCUUUGUAAUUGCCUCCCUUCUCCCACCAUCUAUUAUGUUGGAAGCACAAAAGCUGAGAUGGACACUUUGUGCGACUGAUCGUUGCUUUACAAAUCCAGUCCUGUCUACAUUCUUCAGGUCUGUUAAGGUGUUACCUGUUUCUCGCGGUGAUGGAAUCUACCAAAAGGGAAUGGAUAUGGCUCUUUCAAAGCUGAACAGUGGUGGAUGGGUUCAUAUAUUUCCAGAAGGAAGCCGUUCAAGGGAUGGAGGGAAAACAAUUGCUCCUGCCAAGAGAGGUGUUGGAAGGUUGGUGAUGGACACUGACAGCCUUCCAGUUGUAAUACCCUUUGUCCAUACUGGGAUGCAGGAUAUAAUGCCUGUUGGAAAGCGUAUCCCAAGAGCAGGGAAAAGGGUGAUUGUAGUUGUGGGUGACCCAAUCAAUUUCGAUGAUCUGAUCAUUGACAACAGCGAUGACACUCAACAUACCUCUAGAGGGAUCCUGUAUGACAAAGCAACACAAAGAAUUGGGCAGCGAUUGCAAGAACUGAAGGUUGAAGUUGACAGACUUGCAGCAGAGCAGCAAUCUGAACUCCAAAAUCAUAACAUACACAAUGUGAGUGAUGAUGGAUACCGUCUGUGGCAGCAGGUUGAUUGGGAAGGAUUUGGCAUAGGGAACUCCAUGUUAUCAUCAGAACCUUCAGCUGUCCAGGAGCAAUCAAAGGAAGCUGAGCCUGAACUGCGCCUGGAAGUGGAACAAAGCGUUUCUCCAGCCCCCAGUGAUGUUGCUGUUCCAAACUGGUUCCAGCGUCACGUGGAUCCUUCGGAGCUCAUGGGGUUUGCUGCCCGUGGCCUGAUCAAGAAUGGAAAGUUAGAGGAAGGUUACAGGGAACUCCAAGAACCAACUACAUUGAACACCUGGUGGUGGUCUCAGGCCAACAAUGCUGUGCCCAGAUGGAGCAUUGCCUGACUGAGGCCUCACCCUUCCUUUGUACAUAAGUUGCGGACAAUUUUGAUAGAUUCCAAUUUCUCUCCUUCGUGGAGUUGUGGAAAUUGGAGAUAGGGUGAUGAAUCGACUGCCAGCAGUCAGCACCAUACAACACAAAGUCUUACAGAGGUUGCAAGUGCCAUUUGGGUUUUGGGCACUUGACUGUACUUUUUAGGUAAAUGACAUCUUCCAUCUACUCGAUGGAAAUGGCCCAAAUGGGCAACACCGAAUUGUUUUAAUAGACUUGAUACGCGAGUUGCUUUCAAGUACCGGAAACACAAUUACCGGAAACACCGAAUAGGUUGUUGUUAUGGAAA